AUGGAUCCAUCACAAGUACCAAAUCUUUAUAAACAACAGCGAGGUCCUCCAAAGAUCAAAAACAAAAAUCCUGCGCCGAUUCAAAUUACAGCUGAACAAAUUCUUCGUGAAGCCAAAGAGAGACAAGAAUCUGCGAAGAAAGCACCUCGUCAAAAGAUUUCCGACUUAGAAGAAUUGUCAGAAUAUCGUUUACGUAAAAGGAAAGAAUUUGAAGAUGCUAUAAGAAGAAAUAGAUUAAAUAUCGGAAGUUGGUUGAAAUAUGCAGCAUGGGAAGAAAGUCAAAAAGAAUUAAAUAGAGCGCGUUCGAUAUAUGAAAGGGCAUUGGAUGUGGAUUCGCGCAACGUUACCCUUUUUAUUAAAUAUACUGAAAUGGAAAUGAAGAAUCGCAAUAUCAAUCAUGCUAGAAAUUUGUUUGAUCGCGCUGUUACUUUAUUACCACGAGUGGACCAAUUUUGGUACAAAUAUACUUAUAUGGAAGAAAUGUUGGGAAAUGUUGCAGGAGCACGUCAAAUAUUUGAACGUUGGAUGCAGUGGGAACCGGAUGAAUCAGCGUGGAAUGCUUAUAUAAAAAUGGAAAAAAGAUACAAAGAAAUUGAUAGAGCAAGAGCAAUUUAUGAGAGGUUCGUUAAUGUACAUCCAGAACCAAAGAAUUGGCUGAAAUGGGUUAAAUUUGAAGAGGAGCAGAAUAAUUUGGAGAAGUGUCGAGAGAUUCUUAGUCAAGCCAUUGAAGUACUAGGUGAAGAUCAUAUGGACCAAAAGAUAUUCAUAGCAUUUGCAAAAUUUGAAACUAGGUUGAAAGAGUUUGAAAGAGCACGUAUUAUUUAUAAAUAUGCGUUGGACAAGCUACCUAGAUCCAAAUCUGAAUCACUAUAUAACGCGUACACUCAAUUUGAAAAACAACAUGGUGACAAAGAUGAAAUUGAAGACGUGGUGGUUGGAAAGCGAAGGUUGCAAUAUGACGAGGAAUUAGCAGCAAACCCAAAGAAUUAUGACAUAUGGUUUGAUUACGCGAGAUUAGAGGAAAAUGCGAGCGAUAUUGAAAAAGUUCGUGAAAUUUACGAACGUGCCAUUGCACAAGUACCUCCGACACAAGAGAAACGGUUCUGGAGGCGAUAUAUAUAUUUAUGGAUAAAUUAUGCGUUAUACGAAGAGCUUGAAACCAAAGAUUAUGAUAGGACGCGCCAAAUUUAUCAAGAAUGUUUGAAGAUAUUACCUCACAAGAAAUUUACAUUUGCAAAGAUAUGGUUACUAUAUGCACAAUUUGAAAUACGGCGUUUGGACUUGCAAGCGGCAAGAAAGAGUUUGGGAAUGGCAAUAGGGAUGUGUCCAAAAGAUAGAUUGUUUAAAGGAUAUAUUGAAAUCGAAUUGCAGCUACGAGAAUUCGAUCGUUGUCGUACUCUAUAUACUAAAUAUUUGGAACAUAAUCCAUCCAAUUGUUAUGCAUGGAUUAAGUUCGCGGAGCUAGAAAGAAUGUUAGGUGACUAUGACAGAUGUCGGGCAAUAUUCGAAUUGGCUGUAGAACAGCCCACUUUAGAUAUGCCAGAGUUAUUAUGGAAAGCGUAUAUUGAUUUUGAAUUUACAGAAGAGGAAUUCGAAAAGACGCGUCUUUUGUAUCAACGUUUAUUGGAAAAGACUGGUCAUGUUAAAGUUUGGAUCAGUUUUGCGCAAUUUGAACUAAAUGCUGAUGAAGGAGACAAGCAAGGUGCAUUGGAAAGAGCGCGCAAAGUAUUUGAGAAUGCUUAUCAAAGCAUGAAAGAAAAAGAAUUGAAAGAGGAGCGCGUUUUGCUUCUUGAAUCAUGGAAAGAAUUUGAAACAAACCAUGGCAAUCAGGAAACACUUUCUACCGUUGAAGCUAAAAUGCCUAAAGUCGUUAAGAAACGACGUAAACUUGAGGAAACUGAGGGACAGACAGGUGUUGCUUGGGAAGAAUAUUUUGAUUACAUAUUUCCUGACGAUCAAACUCAACAACCUAAUUUCAAAUUAUUGGCAAUGGCGCAUGCUUGGAGGCAACAGCAACAACAGCAACAGCAAAAUCAAGAGAUUCAAGAGUAG